AUGCUACAUCUUUCCAAGGAUGUGGAGGGGGGCGAUGGAAUGAGGACGUACCUGAAAUUUGUACCGACUAUGACGGGUGGAUACUGUAAGGACAAAAUUUCCCGUUUCUACGCCAAAUACUUCAACCCGGGAACCCUCACUCAUUUAGAAUGA